UUGUGGCUCAAGUUCAUUUUUUCUGUGACGCUGCUGCGGCCACACGUGGGAGGUGAUGGCCAUCUCGACCAGACCCAGGCUCCUGCCGCGCCGUGAGGGCGGGUGACGGCUUGCCGUCUAGCGCUGGACGCCAGCGUCGAAAACACGCAAUGCAGCGCUCGCACAGCGUCGAUGACAGCGGGAAUGCCACUAGCUUCACAAGAGGAGAAGGUAACGACACUGCUACCCUGGCCUCGACUCCUCCUUUUUGGGCCUCCUGGGAGGCCCUCGUCGCCACUGCGAUUCGCCUCGAAAAUCUGGUCAGAACGCACCUUGGGAAAGGUCUGGGGAGAAGCGGUAUCGGCGGUGCCUUUCGGUUGCCCCAUAGCUGGCUAGGAGGACACGCGGCUGCACCGCAUCCGGCUACGCUGGCCAGGCGGGCAGCGCAGCUAGGUUGCGAGACGUUGGAGGGCCACCUGAAGAGCUACCACCCAGCGCCCGUCGCGUGUAAGACAGAGACCGCGAUGCUGGACGUGCGCAAGCGUGACAGCAACAAUACCGUCCUUGAUCCCGACGCUGACGUGAUGCACCUGAAGAGCUACGCCACGCAGGGCCAUGGCUUAGCAGCGGCGACGGCGAGACGACGAGGAGCAGCGGGUGAGUCCCAGCCUCGCCCCUGACCCUGGAUGGGAAACUCCAUCAGGGCCAGCACCAGCACGCCCCCCAAAAGCGACGGCGCGCCCCUGCCUGGAGCGGGAGCUGCGAGAGCACACAACGCUCAAGCGCUGAAGACGUUCCUGCCACACGAGCCCUUUGCGACCAUCUGCUUGCUGGAAGUGACCCUGGCCUCAGCGGACCCAGGAGGACCAGCUCGGGUUGCGACCAGACAGCCCCCCCCAGGUAGUCCCAGCUGGCCUC